UGUGUUUUUGACAUGUUUCUUGUGUGUGUGUGCGCACAGUGAUGACCCAUGGUACAGCCAUCAGUCCUCUAUACCGGGUCACCCUGAGUGAUGGCUCUCCCCUCAGCGCUCAGACACGCUGCAAGUUCUGCUGCCCUCCCAAAACUGCCACUCAGCCCUUCAUCCUGGGCAUACACACUAUCGACAGGGAACACAACACAGCUAGCUCUCAGGAACACACUACCCCCAGCCUUCCACUGGCCCAGGGCAGCCCAACCCAGCCCUCCCGCUCCCCUGCCCUCCCCCCGGGCAGCGAGACCAGCCAAGCCCCAGGCCUGCCCUCGGGCCUCCACCUCAACAAUGGCAGCAGCUCCGCCCACGGACACGCCCCCGCCACGCCCACAGACUAUCUUAUACCCAAUCGAAUGUGCCCUCAGCAGGUCAACAGCCCCUCCCCCCUGGGGAGUCCAAUCACAGCCGCCCCUACCUCCUUCAUGUCUCCCAGACGGCCGCGUGCGAGCCCCGGUCUGGGAGGAAAGCCCUUCUCCCCCUCCACGCCCGGCCUCCACGCCCCGGCCAGAGCAGGGGCAGCGGGUGGAGGGGGCUGCCUCAGCAGGCAGCACUCUGGUGGGGACGGGGGAGCCGCAACGCCCAUGAGCUUCUCGCUGCCCUCCCCUCUUCCCCAGAGACAGGCCAGCACCCCCACCUCCUCCCCCGCACGCCCCCCCCCCUGCCAAACCCCCCGAGGGGGAGGAGGGGACGGAGUCAAAGCCCCCACUACCUCUCUGCUGGGCAACCCCAAACUCAGCCAGCUCCUGGACACCAACGGGGCAAAGCCUAGCAACCACACUUCUCCUCCCCCCAACCCUCCCCCUCAAUGCCCCUCCUCCCUCACCUCUCCUCCCCCCAACCCUCCCCCCCAGUGCCCCACCUCCCACAGCACCCUCACCGAACGCCACAAGAUCCUCCACCGGCUGCUCCAGGACAGCGGCCCCAGCGAGGGGGGUCCGGAGACCGGGGGGGCCAGGAGGGAUGUGGAGGUGAAGAAGGAACCCCAGCAUGUUGCAGCGCCCCCUACGCCUGGCUCCAGGGAACCUCAGGAUCACCAGCUGCUACGCUUCCUGCUGGAUACGGACGAGAAGGACCUGGCCGACCUCCCGCCCCCCGCAGUGCUCAGCCUGCACACUAUCAGGGUGAAGGCCAGGAGAGCCACAGGGGAGGGUCUCCCUGGGGGGGAGGGUCUCCCUGGGGGAGACGCCGUGCCUGGGGGAGACGCCUGGCCACAAGACACGUUCUCCAGUGACCUGGACCCUCUGUUCCAGCUGCUGCCCCCCCUCAGGGGCCUCCCGGGGGACCAGCAGAGCGGCGAGGAGGCCGGGGACCCCCAGAUCCAGACACAACCUCAGCUCCAGUCCCCCUCACAACCUCAGCUCCAGUCCCCCUCACAACCUCAGCUCCAGUCCCCCUCACAACCUCAGCUCCAGUCUCCCUCACAACCUCAGCUCCAGUCCCCCACACAACCUCAGCUCCAGUCCCCCUCACAACCUCAGCUCCAGUCCCCCUCACAACCUCAGCUCCAGUCCCCCUCACAACCUCAGCUCCAGUCCCCCUCACAACCUCAGCUCCAGUCCCCCUCACAACCUCAGCUCCAGUCCCCCACACAACCUCAGCUCCAGUCCCCCUCACAACCUCAGCUCCAGUCCCCCUCACAACCUCAGCUCCAGUCCCCCUCACAACCUCAGCUCCAGUCCCCCUCACAACCUCAGCUCCAGUCCCCCUCACAACCUCAGCUCCAGUCCCCCACACAACCUCAGCUCCAGUCCCCCUCACAACCUCAGCUCCAGUCCCCCUCACAACCUCAGCUCCAGUCCCCCUCACAGCCUCAGCUCCAAUCCCCCUCACAAUCUCAGCGCCAGUCCCCCUCACAAUCUCAGCGCCAGUCCCCUGUCUCCCAGCUCCAUUUACAGUCACCCACCCAGUCCCAGGUCAAGAUUCAGUCACCCUCCCAACCCCAGUCUCAGCCUCAGCCCAACAAAGAGAUAAUUCCCAGGACCGUCACCAUUAAGCAGGAGUCCCCUAGAACCCCGGUCCGAGGGCUCAGUGAUGGAAGCCCGGCCUCCGCCUGCAGUCUGCACCUCCAGUCUCCCUUUGAUGUCUGCAGCACCAACACCCAGGACCAGACCCCAGGGCUGGCUGAGACGGAGAAUACAGACUUGGUUGGGUCUCAGUUCCAGCCUCUACCUCUGAUGGAGCCUGUGCCCUUUGAGUCUGGUGUGGGAGACCCUGUACACGGCCCGCUGUCGUCACCCCAGGAGCAAGGCGCAUGCCCCCUGGAUGAGCUGCUGUGCCCACCCACCACCCCUGAGGGCCGCAGCGAUGAGAAGGCUCUCCUGGAGCAGCUGCUCUGCUUCCUCAGCCGAGACGAGAGUCAGCUGGCCGAGUUGGACCGAGCCCUGGGGAUAGACAAGCUGGUCCAGCCCGCCGCUGCUACCUCCGUCAUCCUGGACCCCAAACUGCCCAGCUACCCCGGCCAGUUCCCCCCCGGCUCUGCAGCCUCCUGUCCCCAGGAGGUGGGGGGCCCAGUCACAGCCUUUGGGGGCCCUCGGGGGGCCUUCCCGGGGGGGCUAAGGCCAGGCGUGGCCAGAGCUCCAGGCGUGGCCGGAGCAAUGAGGCUUCCUCCCAACCAGCUGAGACUGCAGCUGCAGCAGAGGCUACAGGGCCCCCAGCAGCUGCAGAGUAGACUAGCAGCUAUGGGCCAGUUUCCAGGGGGAACGCACGUUGCCAUGGGGAUGCGUCAGGGAUUGCCACAGCCUCAAAUGCCCUCUCAACCUCCCCUGAACGCCCAGAUGAUGGCCCAGAGGCAGAGGGAGCUGUACAGCCUUCAGCACCGCCAGCGCCAACUGCUCCAGCAGAAGGUCCUGAUGAUGAGAGGCCUGGGGGGGCCGGGGGCCUGCCUGGUGGGGCCGGGGGCCCAGAAGCCCCCUCCCCAGAGCCAGUCUCAGCAGUUCAGCUUCUCUCCAGGCUACAGCCCCCUGCCGGGGAACCCCCCCACCUCGCCCAGCCACUUCAGCAUGGGGGGAGGCCUGGACCCCAAGGGGCCUGGGAGGGGAGCGCUUGGGCCCCUGAUGGGCCAGGGGGACCUCGGGGGCCCUGGGGACAGCUCAGCAGUGCAGCAGGGGCUCCUCCAACAGUUUGGGGGGAUGAUCCAGAAGCAGGAAUGUUCAUUCCCCUCAGAGCUCAGCCCCACCAGUCCCCUCCUCUCUCCUCACAACUCACACUCCCAGAGUCCCCAGCUGCAGCAGGCCCCGCCCCCUCCUGGGUACCAGUCAGCUGACAUGAAGAGCUGGCAGCAGGCUGGCUUAGGCAACAGCUUGUUCAGCACAGCAGGUCAGGGUUUUGGCCAGCAGGGGGUGUACAACAACAUGAGCAUCACCGUGGCGAUGGCUGGCUCCUCCGGGGCCAUCAGCUCCCUACCUCCAAUGGGUCCGCCCGUCGCCAUGGGCAACAGUAACCUCGGCAACGUCGGCUCGAUGUGCGGCGACCAGCAGGUGCAGCAGCUGCAGGUGUUUGCUGACGUCCAGUGUACCGUCAACCUGGUGGGCAGUGAAUCCUACCUGGCCCAGCAGGGGGCCCUGGCCCCCCAGAAGUCCCCCCUGGUGCCCCAGAGUGGCCAGGCCCAGCAGAAGAGCCUGCUGCAGCAGCUGCUGACAGAGUAACCCCCCGCCCCCCGUUCCCCCGCCACCUUUACCUCUCUGCCUCUCUCUGGUUCUUGUCUGGUCUGGUGGGCUGAGGACUGUCUGGCCCAGCCUCUGGUUCUCACUGCUGGUAACCUUCUUUAGAACUCAGAAGUCCAAUUCCUGGUUCGGGGGAAUUGUCACGUUCUGGAUUUGCCAAGUCGUCGCCGCCGCCACCGUCAUCUAAUCAGGACCGACUGACCUCGUCUGUUUCUGAUUGGCCGGUUCCGUCAGGUCGCCGCAGUGCAUCCUGGGAGAGCGUGCAGCUGGGGUCAGCUCCGGGGGUUGCCUAUCUCUCCCACAGGGCGGGCGUCGUCCUUGUUGUUGUCAGGACAACGUUGUGGGAUUGUUAGGGUUGCGACCUCUGCAAUGGGAUAGCUCAGUUUCAGCUGGCUCUGUGACUGGCUGGCUCUCUCUGCUGCAGUGCCUGAUGGGAGUUUGAGUUUCAAAACUCUUCUUCUACUCUUGUUUUUUUUGUUUAUGUUGUCGUUGUUGAUCUCUGCUGUGGCCGUGGGCCGGGCCUGGACACGGGGGUGGGGCAUGGGGGCGGGGCAUGGGGGCGGGGGGCGGGGCAUGGUGGCCGGCCGGCAGGCAGGAUGCUGCUCAUGUCUUUCACCGAGCGACUUGCUCCAACUCAACUACACCUGGCUGUCUCACCUGGCUGUCUCACCUGGCUGUCUCACCUGGCUGUCUCACCUGGCUGUCUCAGUCACGUUCCUCUCAGCAGCUGUGAAGAGGAGCCCUUUCAGGAUCCCUCCUCCUCCUCUCUUCUCCUCCACCUCUGGCCUAUCAGUGUUGUUAAGCCUCAUGCAUCGUGCAGGCAGGUAGUAUUGUCCAGCACAGACAGACGUUGGGAUGUCUUCACUCUUAUUCAACAGCAACUCAGUCUAUACAUUGUGAUUCAAUGCAGGUUCUUUUUGUUUUUCCUUAUUUUUUAUUUUUUAUUCAAGAGUCUAAUAAUAUCAGUUCUGAUGUUUCACAUCAUGGACAUGUAACACUGCUAAAAUGUAACGUUGUUGUAUUGGGAUAGCUCUGUCUUCUUCUGUAAAUGUGAAAAAAAGAUAGAUUUUCUAAAAGGCUAGCUCAUGCUUAGCUGUAUGGUAUCAUAUUGAAUGUCUAAACAACCUCUCCCCCCUCUAAAUUCCCUUCUAACACACAAGCCUGUGUUAGGGUUACACUACACACCACCAGUCGCUAACACACAGGACUCCCUGGCUGUAAUACAGGAGGGGGGAUAUUUCAUGGAGGAUUUCAUCAGCAUGUUUUCUCUCCUUCAUUUCCCCGACUGUGACGAUGACAAAGAUGAGGUCACUCCACUGGCCACACCCCUCAGCUCUUAUUGGCUGCUCAUGUGACUACUGUUGUCCAGUCAGACACUGUGGCCCGUUCCAAACCAAACUCUGGGCUCUCCGCUCCCAGCCGCCUUGAGGUCAAAUCACAAGAUGAGAUGGGUGUGCAACCAAUUACGGGCAGAUGUCUCCUACUUGGCCUGUGAUUGGCUGGAUGAAAUGUUGGCCAUAUUGCUUUUACCUGUCCAAUCCUGUGAGAGCUUGGUAGGUGUGUGUUGGGGGAGAAAGACUUGGGAGUUUGGUUUUGGACGAGGCAUGUCUCAUUCACACACCUGUGUUGAUGCUCACUAGAACCCCGACUGCAGUACACACUACAGCAGCUCCCAGCCCAGACAGGUCCACUAGGGAGGGGUGGAGAGGGGUGGAGAGGGGUAGGGGUGUGGGGAGUUGUCACAGAUCGCAGCAAGCAGGAACAAAGUUCAGUGAUAGAAGACUGCAAAUCAAGAGGCUGGUUCAAAUCUUUCCUGUGUACAGCAGAACUCCCUAACAUGGUUUGUGAAUCUUUUUGUGUCCGGUUGAAAUCCUGCCCUGUAUGCGUUUGUUUAGAAGGCCAACAGUGGUUCAGCCAUCCUAACCAUCCACCCAGGGGUCCUGGUCGACAGACAGGCAACUCCUCCAGACCCCAGCUGGCUUCAAGCUGCUCUCGCAACACAACUGCAAACCAAUACCAAUUGGAAGACUUUGAUUAAAACGAUAUUGACAAUGACAAAAAGCUAGUCAUAUUUCUCACCAAGUUAAGUUUCAGUUUUUUAGUGUCCAUUCAGAGUGUUUGGGUUUAGCAGUGGCUGGCCUGCUGUCUGGGACAGGAAGCAACAGGACAGAACACAAGCAGACAGGAUGUACGGGGGACAUGUGGCGGUGUGUGUUUACAUGUGGACAACCCUCACCAACACACACACCAUAUGGUGUGAUACCUCUGAUAGGACACACACACCAUCUGGUCUGAAUACCUCUGAUAGGACAACUUGAUCUUUUUGUGGAUGCUUUCUCCUCACCAUUUAAAAGACUUUCCUGUAUACAGUAGCUCGAUGGUCAUAGUGUGAAACCAAGACAAAAAUGCAGAUGUUUGAAUCACAACGUUUCAGUGUGAACAGUGGUUGUCUUGGACAUGAUAUAUGCCAAAUACAAAGCACCAUUUACACAGUGUGCAUUGAAACAUUUCAGACAUUCUUUUAUGCAAGUGCUGCUCAUAGACAAGACCCCUAGUCUCCUCAAUACAGGUACAAGGUCAAUAAUCCUAACUGGUUAAAACAUGUAUAUAACAGACAAUGUGAAUAUGUAUUUGUUCAGAAUCAACAAAAAUGUAGUGCUCCAAGGUUGUGGUAAUAAGUACUCACUUCCAUUUUUAUUUUAUUGUCAAUAUAUAUAUGAGAGUGAUUAAUACUGUAUAUUAUGUCUUGAUUUGAUUUCUUCUACUUUUCUUGUUCUUCUGUUGUAGAUGCCUGCAUGUGACCUGUAGGUGUCACAGCUCUGUAUGAUAGAGGGGUCACAUGACUUGUAGGUGUCACAGCUCUGUAUGAUAGAGGGGUCACAUGACCUGUAGGUGUCACAGCUCUGUAUAAGAGAGAGGGUCACGUGACCUGUAGGUGUCACAGCUCUGUAUAAGAGAGGGGGUCAUGUGACCUGUAGGUGUCAAUGCUCUGUAUGAGAGAGGGGUCAUGUGACCUGUAGGUGUCACAGCUCUGUAUGAGAGACAGGGUCAUGUGACCUGUAGGUGUCACAGCUCUGUAUGAGAGAGGGGGUCACGUGACCUGUAGGUGUCACAGCUCUGUAUGAGAGAGGGGUCAUGUGACCUGUAGGUGUCACAGCUCUGUAUGAGAGAGGGGGUCACGUGACCUGUAGGUGUCACAGCUCUGUAUGAGAGAGGGGUCAUGUGACUUGUAGGUGUCACAGCUCUGUAUGAGAGAGGGGUCAUGUGACCUGUAGGUGUCACAGCUCUGUAUGAGAGAGAGGGUUAGCGACUGCUGAAUGUGAUUUUACUGAGAGACACAGUGUGGACUGGCUUUUGUACGGGUUAAUUUUAAAAAGGCCAUAUUAUUUAAUUUCUCUGUUGUCAAAAAGUUUAAACAGAUCUUGGGGAAAGUGGAACCUGUGUUUUUGUGAAGCAUUGCCUUGUCCUACUAAUAUAUGUAAGUGGGGUUUUAGAUUGCCUGAUAUAGUUGUAUUGCUUUGUCUGAAGUAAUGACCAAAGUUUCAAACGUUUAAUCCAUAUCAUAUGCAAGAUGUACAGUAUUCAAUUGGACAGAACAAUUGCUCAGCUCCCUUGAAUGAACCGCUCCCUUACAGCGCUGGUAUGAAUCACUAUUAACAAGAGACGCACUCUGUAGGCCCUACUUCACUGCUACAGUUUGUACUUGUUCAUCGCUACUAUCUUUGGAGUUCGCUUCCCAAAGGGCGAUCUGUCAGACGCCUUCGCUGUUGCCAUGACUCCCAGACUGCAAACGGCUCGUCUCUGUUUACAGGAAGUUAUAAUCCCGUCAACAGACAAUAUCGCUAUGCACCUUAUAGAAGAGCAUGUAUCCAUACUACUAAAGGUAUUAUCCAGAUAGAGUAGAAGUUCAGAUUAAGAAAUCACCACCGGGUAAUUUAGGCAUACGUUUUUUUCCCGUUUUUUCAACCCCCCCCCUUCGAAGCUUUUAACGGAGUCUCACAGACGACGAAUAAUAGUGCCAUUUAUUUAGCCUAAUACUUUAUACCAAAUUUGAGGUGCCUCUUGUGUGUAUUUUAUGCAUAGAGGGUUGCCCCUCGCUGUUUCGUAAUAAUAUUCUUAUUGAGGAUUUUCUUGUCUUUACCUUUAUAAAAAAAAAAAAAACACAUUUGUUGAAUUGUACAUGUUUUCUAUUAGAAAGUUGAAUUAAUCCAGGAAUUUGCAAGAAAUACAAUCUAGUUUUGCACUUUAUACCAGAU